GGCGUUUCUGCUGUCAGUAUUCAGUGGGAGGGUAGACAGCAGCAGCCUCGGAGCUAAAACCAACGUGACAGACUGGAGUCUUAAUAACACCACCCGAACCAAGAGCAGCAGUUCCAGAGAAACCCUAAUACUGCAUAUGGAGACUACCAGUUGUCAUCUGUCGACUGCUGCAUAAGGAUAACGCUUCAGCCGGCUCGACAGCGGCGAACGCAAACGCAAACCGCAGUGGAUGUUGUUGCAUUGUUCACGUGAAAGGAAGAAUAUCGCUGGUUUGCAGCGGAUCCGCGUGCAGUCGACCGGAACCGGACUCUGUUGUUGAUUUGUCAUUAUGUUUAAUCACGGGAUACAUCGUUACGCUGGAUACCGAAUUUAACAGAGUCAUUGCAUCACGUUGGAUUCAACAGCCCCGUGUUGAACUUGGCCUGUAGAGCAAGCAAGCAAACAGCACGAUGAACGCGUCGCUCUGCUAAAUAUAAAUGGAAUUUAUAUUCUCCGACCAUUCGGUUUAUUACCCGUGAUUAUUUUUGUCUAACAUAACUAUUUGGCAAAUACCUCUCUUAAAUUAUUCGCUCGGUCAACUCAAGCAACUGCAGCUGUCGCUUUGUCUACAUCAGAGGGGAAUGGAUAUGACGAUACGAAAGUAAACCUGGACCUGGUUUUUGGGUUUCGGAGCCAGGUUUCCUGAACUCUGAAGGUGUGAAGAAUAUCAAGGCUCUUGCCCUUUUCCCUCUUGCGGUCCCUUAUGCCCAAUGACGGCUGUCUCCGGGUCACUGCAGGAUGGGUGAAGUGGAUUUGACAGUUUUUGUCUGUCACCAUCAGUGCUUGCCUCUCAGUGACUGCGUCUUGUUCUUUUACGUUUAUAAAAGAACACCUCCUCUCUUGGGCUCUGGCCCCUUACACUGUAAGAGUAACUGUUAGUAAGGAAUACCCCACGGGGGGGCCUUGCAGCAAACUCUGUGGUUCACGUGAGCUUUAGUAUUUUUUUGCGUAGGCUUUUUGUGCCACAGUCAAAAGCAGAAAGAGGAAUUUCCCGAAAUUUCCAAAAUUUCGGCAAAAGGUCAAGGUUUACAUUUGAGUUUUUUCAUAAUAAUUUAUUUAUACGUUUAAUUUCUGUUUUUUUCCUGGAGAGAUGUCGUCGGAAAAUCCCAACAAGGUGGUGAGCUUCUUGGCCCCUCCACCUCCAAAGAAUGUGAACGGCUCCGGUUCGGACUCACUAGUGGGUGAGAAGCUAGACACGGAGGUCAGAAAACGACGUCACACCAUGGAUAAAGAUCUGAAGACAGCUGAGCACAGAUUUUUUAGGCGUAGCGUCAUCUGUGACUCCAAUGCCACAGCCCUUGACUUGCCCAGCAAAGCCUGCAUCCUCACCUCACCUCCUGAUUGUGAGCAGUUCAUCGUGCCUGUGGUGCUGGGAUCGGCCCCUGAUGUUACCAUCGACACCCAAGUGGGUGUUUCGGGUGUUGUAUUAGAAGAACGUGCAGAGGAUGGAAGAGCUGCUGGGGUUGAUGGCGUUGUGGAGGUACAGAGCCCGUCUGUGCAGGAUGUGGGUGUGAGGCAGAGUGAGGCCCUUCGGAUCCCGGAGAAGGAGCCCAGCGAUGUGGGCGACAAGGAGCAGGAGAGCGGAGUAGCAGAGAAGCGUGAGGAGGAAGAGGAGGAGAAAGGAGCGAAGGCCCGUGCCGAAGCUGAGCAGAGGGAGGCUGAGAAGAAGGUCCAGGAGGAUGAAGAAGUGGAGACCAAAGCCGUGGGCACCUCACCCGAUGGGCGAUUUCUUAAAUUUGACAUCGAGAUUGGACGAGGGUCAUUCAAAACGGUCUACAAGGGCUUGGACACGGAGACAACGGUGGAAGUGGCAUGGUGUGAACUUCAGGAUCGGAAGCUGUCGAGAUCAGAGCGCCAGCGCUUCAAGGAAGAAGCCGGCAUGCUGAAAGGCCUGCAGCACCCAAACAUCGUGCGUUUUUACGACUCGUGGGAGUCGCCCUCCAAAGGCCGCAAGUGUAUCGUGCUGGUGACGGAGCUCAUGACGUCAGGAACCCUAAAAACGUAUCUGAAGCGCUUCAAGGUGAUGAAGAUAAAGGUGUUGCGGAGCUGGUGCCGGCAAAUCCUGAAGGGCCUGCAUUUCCUCCACACCAGGGCUCCACCCAUCAUUCACCGGGACCUUAAAUGCGACAACAUCUUCAUCACCGGUCCCACCGGCUCCGUUAAGAUUGGCGAUCUGGGCUUGGCCACCCUCAAACGGUCGUCAUUCGCGAAGAGUGUCAUAGGUACCCCUGAGUUCAUGGCGCCUGAGAUGUACGAGGAAAAAUAUGACGAGUCGGUGGAUGUGUACGCCUUCGGAAUGUGCAUGCUGGAGAUGGCUACCUCUGAGUACCCGUACUCCGAGUGUCAGAACCCCGCGCAAAUCUAUCGCCGAGUCACCAGCGGAGUUAAACCUGGCAGUUUCGACAAGGUAGCCAUUCCAGAGGUGAAAGAGAUCAUCGAGGGAUGUAUUCGCCAAAACAAAGAUGAAAGAUACGCCAUCAAGGACCUUCUGAACCAUGCCUUCUUUCAGGAGGAGACUGGAGUGCGGGUGGAGCUGGCUGAGGAGGACGAUGGGGAGAUGAUAGCCAUCAAACUCUGGUUGCGCAUUGAAGACGUCAAGAAACUCAAAGGCAAAUACAAAGACAACGAAGCCAUCGAGUUCUCCUUUGACCUCCAUCGGGACGUGCCAGAAGAUGUGGCUCAGGAAAUGGUUGAGUCGGGCUAUGUUUGCGAGGGUGACCACAAAACCAUGGCCAAGGCCAUCCGGGACCGAGUGUCCCUGAUCUGUCGCAAACGAGAGCAGAGACAGCAGGUGCGAGCCGAGCAAGAGAAACGCAAGCAGGAGGAGGAGCAAAAGCAGUUGGUCAGCGAGUCUUUGAGGAACGUGUCCAGCUCUCAAGGUUCUGCACAGAGUCAGUGCGGUUCCCAGCCUCCGACUCCUGGCCUCGUCCAGCCCGAUUUUGAGGAGCCUGAUGCAGACCAGCAGCUUCAGUACAUGCAAAGUGGAAUGACCUUGGCUGACGGGACGCUCGACAGCGGUCAGGGUUCAUCCGUGUUCUCCGAACCUCACCAUAGCCAGCUCAACAUGUCGUAUAGUUCUCCUGCAGCGUCGCAACCCCAGCAGGUGCCUGGACAGGCCGCCUACCCUCCCAGCUCUCAAGCUCCCCAACAGCACACCGCAUACCCCCAGCAGCCAAUGCCGCAAUCGGUGAGUCAGCCAUACGGUGGAGGAGGCUCAGGUCUGGUCGAGCCCCCGCUCUUUUUCCCCACCAUCCCGGAACGGCCCGUCUCGUUCUCGCCCCCGCCAUCUUGCCCGCCCAAAGCUUUCAACGUGCAGCGCCGCAAGAGCACCUCCAUCCUGGAGGCCCACACGCGUCACUUCCAGCCCGCCUACCACCGUAGCUACGGGAGCAGCCUGCACCCGUUUUCCGGGGUGGAAGCUCUGGGUCCUGGUGUCGAACCCUCCCUGUUUAUGAUGCCCGGGAUAGCGGCUCAAAGAUUGGCCGAGCCACUGCAUCUACAGCCUCCGGCGGAGACUUUAUAUGGAUAUAAGGACGUAAGAGCCGAGCAAGAGGAAGCUGUACGCAGACUCAGCCUCAACCAGGCUGCAUUAAUGGACCAACUGGAAGCUAUGGCCUACAGUGGCUACCCUAUGACUGCGCAUCAGCUAAGCCACAUCAGCUUCCAUCAGCAAAUGCAAGCCGCUGCUGCUGCUAGCCUGGCCUAUGAGACUCAAUCACAGCCUGGGCCUGCUUACCUACACCCUCAUGUCCAGAGCCACAUGCGUUUGACCCACAGCCCGAUCCCACAACUGAGUGUGUCUAGCUCUGCAUCUGCGCCGCAGCAAACCGUGGCUGCAGAUCCAGGCUAUCAGCCCCACUCGUUUCCCCAUUCCGCACCACCCGUGUUGGCUCACGCGUCCGAGCCUAACACUGCCUUUGAAUUCCACAUGCACAACCUCCAGGCGGACCCAGCUAUGCUGGCGUCCAGACUGUACCGAGCCCGACGGGGCUCAAUGGACCUCAACCUGGAGGAAGCGGCUGGCAGCCAGGGGUUGUGCGGUCGACUCCAGCCUGUCACCGAAGAACUUUACAGCUAUGUAAGCCCGGAGCUACCGCUUCCUCCGGGCAGCCUGCUUCUCCACGGACCUAAAGAACUCAGUCCUGAACCUUCAAGUGACUCCAUGACCUCCUCCGAUGCUGGCGAGUUCCACUCGCCUCCGCCUCAUCCGUUGUACCAACCUCAAGACUGUUCCGCAGCUCAAUCCAUCCCGCAAACGUCUUACUACAAAACAGACGGAGGAAGCAACAUCAGCGAAGGUCAUCCACCCAGUCAGACGACGUUUCUGUUCAUUCCACCUUCUGAAUCGUCCACUGUCCCAUCCUCGCACAUCAACGCUCUGCACAGUACUUGGGCCCGUCAACCAUCCCUUCCACCGGACCUCACAUUGUCCCAUCAGGGGGCUACCUUGGUGCAGGUCCCGAUCUCUCAAUCCACAAGUGCCGUGUCUUUGGUUUCAUGCAGCACCCCAUCCGCCGCGGCUGCUUCUCAACAGUACGGAGGUUACUACGUCCAAGCACUCCCUUCGCAGGCUGCUGUUCCACAACAGGCUUCUCUAGGGCCGACAUCCCAACCAGGCGUCUCGUUACCCCAACAGCAAGCUUCCCAGCAGCCUCCCAGCACUGUGGUUCAGAGCAGUUCCCAGACGCAGGUUCCUGGACCCCAGGCCACACAGACAUCUCAUAGCCUCUCUUUGACAACAGAGCUGUCACAACUCCAAACUCCUGCUGUGGAGAGCUGUCAUUCUGAUGUGGCAUCUGGGCUCAGUGAUGGUAAUGAGGGCGUGACGGGUGGCAGGCAUGAGGGCCGUUCCGCCAAACGCCACCAGCGCAGAUCAGUACGCAGCCGUUCACGACAUGAAAAAACCUCUAAGGCCAAGCUCAAUGUUCUUAAUAUCUCCAGCAUGGGCGAUAGAGUUGCAGAGUGUCAAUUAGAAACACACAACAGAAAAAUGGUGACUUUCAAGUUUGAUCUCGACGGUGAUAACCCAGAGGAAAUUGCACAGAUAAUGGUACAAAGUGAGUUCAUUCUAGAGAGCGAGCGAGAGUACUUCAUCGAGCAGAUUCGGGAGGUCAUAGAAACGGCAGAUGAGAAAGGUGUGGAAAGAGAGCGCAGCCUGAUGGUUAGUGAUCAUGAGCAGCAUAUGCCCACCACAUCUGCGCCUCUUGAGCAAGGUGUGCCACCUAGUUCAGCUGCCCAGGUGGUCCAUUCGGCAGGCCGCAGGUUUAUUGUGAGUCCAGUGCCUGAAUCCAGACUGAGGGAACAGUUCUUUAGCUCACCUCAACCCACAAUCGAAGAGCCUUCAUCCUCUGUGUCAGUUCCGCCGCCCGCCUUGGGCCUUUCUAUGUCUGCGUCUGCUGUCAGUCUACAGCAGGCGUUCUCUGAAAUGCGUCAAGGCCGAUUUGACCCGGGUCCCAGCACUGCGCCGCCGAUGCUCCAUGUCUCCAUGCCCCCUCUGGUUCCCGCCGCUGCAACCUUGCCCUCUAGUGUCGCCCCAGUGGUCGUUCCUCCCCCUGUGUCUUCUGAAGUGACCUCUUCACCAUCUCUACCAUCCGUCUCCAUAAACCCUCCCGGGUCAUCGUCUCCUCCUCCUACCCUUCCUGCCUCCUCCGUGACCUCCCCUCCAGCUCAUUCGCAACUCCCUCUGCCUCAAAGUCAGGCUGUACCUGCCGUCAUCAGUGUUAUUUCCACCCCUUCCUCUUUGCCAAUGCCAGCUGUGCCUGCUGUCACAUCGUUCCCCCAAACCUCAGUCCCAAUGCCCGUUCCUGCCUGUACUGCUCCCCCGCUUGCUCACCCCGUGACUCCUAUGGGAUCUGUUUCUGGUGGCAGUGGUGAACAGCCCAUCCCCUCCACUUCAGCUCAGCUUACGCCACCAGUCAUCCCCACCACAGCCAUCCAGACACCGCAGCUCGCACCUUCCACCACCACGGUUAUUCCCGCCUCGGCUGCUCAGUCACAAGUGCCCACCCUCCAACCGGUUACCACCAAUAUACCAGUCGUGCAGCCUACACCCGUGCACAGCCAACCUCAAACCUCCACCGUGCCCAAUCAGAGCCACGCACAUUGUGUGGAAUGUGACAGCGACCCGCAGGGAAAGGGCGUUGAUGAUAUUCAGGCUCUGGAUAAAAAGCUGCGCUCGCUCUUCAUGGACCUGGGCUCUGGUCCGCCCUCUGCCCAGUCUGAUGUCACAUCUGACCCCUUGGCGUCCGCAAGCGUCCCUGGAACCUCCUCUCCAACUGCCUGUGCCACCCCUAGUGGCACCCCUCUCCCUCCCUCUAGUUUACCCCUGAACUCCUCCGGUCAGGCCACGGGCUCUCCCUUGACCUCCAUGGGUAAUGCCUCCACCCCGGUUGGCUACAGUCAGACGACUCCAUCCAAAGCGCCGUUAUCGAGAUUACCGGUGUUGCCUGUCGGCCCAGAUCAGGCUGGCACGCCGCCCACAGAGCACCUACCACCCUUCCCAGGACCUUGUUUAACUCAGUCCCAGCAGCCCUUGGAGGAUCUGGAUGCCCAGCUGAGACGGGCGCUGAGUCCAGAAACCGUCCCAAUCAGCAGUGUCACGCACCAGUCAUCUGUCACUGGGAUGCCACCUGGAGGACAGCCAGUUCCGUUUUCUCUGGAAGAUGAGCCAGCAGCUACACCUGCAGCUGGAGUAUACAAACUAGGACGAUUCCAGGUGUCAGCGGCUCCUGAUGAGAACGCCCCGCAGGCUCCCACCACGCAUGACUCAUCCUCCACAUCUUCUUCCACCACCACCUCCUCUUCAUCAUCCUCCUCCACUCUCUCUAGCCCCGAGAACACACUGCACCGAACCUCCUCUCCCCUCAGAGACACGAAAGCAGAUGUGGUCGACGGCCUCCCCACUCUCCCCAACCGGACGGCAGCCCAGCCCCAGCCCACCACCAUUGGCCGUUUCCAGGUGACCACCAAGACGGACACGAAGGUGGGACGUUUUUCAGUGAGCAGAGCACAGGAUGAGGCUCCUGUGGCUAGCUUACAACCACCAGAACCCCAGCCAGCACCUCAAGCCUAUCCAGCUGUUGGGAACGGGCCGUCUCAGAGUGCCGGGAGCCUCAACAAUUCCGUCAGCUCCUACUUUAGUAGCGACAAUGACUCAGAGUUUGAGGACGAGGACUUUAAGAGAGAAGUCAGCAAGCUGAGAGAGAAGCACAUGAUGGAGAGUCAGGCUCUGUACUCCAGGCAGAAGGCAGAGAUUGAUGCCCUUUUCGCCCGCUUGGGCAAAGCACCUCCCGCCAUGGUCAACCCUCCCGUCGUGAACCCAGCUGGCCGCAGGCGACGUCCCACCAAGAGCAAAAGCAGCAAAUCCAGCCGCAGUAGCUCACAGGGCAGCAAGAGUCCCGUACAGCCAGCAACCAGCACUUUAUCCGCGCAGAGCGCUCCCUCCGUGUACCAACCCCAGCAGGCUUUCCUGGCCCCUGGGGGGAUGAUAGAUGGGGGGAGCAGCCCUCUGCUCCAGUCCUUCAAACCCUCCCCUUCUAAUGAGAACCUGUGCUCCGCUUUCACCAGUGACGCCACGCUCUCUGCGCCCAGUCUGUGUGUCACCUCGCAAGGCUGUGUAAAGUUCAGCUGUGGGUCGGAGAGAGUGACCUUCAAACCAGGUGGCAGGAGGACGCGUUUUCUGAGUACGCCCUGCUUGGCUCUUUGGAAGAUGGUGAAAAAAGUGUGCCCCUGCAACCAACUCUGUAGGACGAGCAGCACCAACACGGUGGCGGGAACCAUUCAGAAUCAAAACCAGCCACCCGUCUCUCAGUCCCAGAGCUGCAAGGGCAUGUUCACAGACGAGCUGCACAAAUUGGUGGACAACUGGGCCAGGGACGCUAUGAACCUGUCGCAGGGCAAGAGAGGCUCCAAGCACCAACAACAGGUGGCUCCUCAGGGCCACAGCUACGAAAUGAUUCCUCCUACCAAUAUGGGCCGUAAGUACUCUGCUCCGGGGCAGCUGUGCCCAAGCAUCGCUUCGACUCUGAGCGGCCACCCGCCCAUGCCCAACACUCCCGCUACCUCUCUGGGGGCCCGGAAGGGCUCCCUGUGUCCCACGCCACAGUACGGCUACCCCUCCGCACCUUACAGCGCCCAGUGGGCCGGUUCGGCCGCGCACACCCAGGCCGGUCUUCUGGCCACCUCGCAACCCCUGGGACAAUACCCCCAGGUUCCGACCCCUUUACAGACCUUCCACAUCAGCACUUUGCAAAAGUCAGUCAGCCACCCGGGUGGACCCAACCUGAAGACCACGUAGGGCAGGGCCUAGCCGUGCCAGGCCUAAAUAACUCUCAAGUGGGGGCAAGUGUUUGAUUGCAUUGCAGAGAUUCUGUUUAACACCAGAAUCCUACUGCAUGCUCACAGAUACGCCACGGGAAUGAUGCACAACGACGAAAAUAAAAACAACGGUUGCUUGUGUGCAAUGUUACGUGGCCAAAGAAGGUGUGAUCAUUUUUAUUAAGGUGUGUAGUGAUGGCAUCCUUCACCACCCAGCCCCAAACAUUCAUCAAGGGGUUCGACUAGAGGUUUGCUGACCUAUAAUGGAAUGAAUGCCACCGGUAUCCAUAUGUAUAUCCUCCUGAUAAAUUCACACAUCAAGCACGUCAGCAAACGGAGGAUCGGGUGGGUGACGGUGAGCUAGUGUCCUUGUUCCCCUCUUGCCCUAAACCCUCUGCUGCAAUGCCAUGGAAUAAUGCAAUAAUUACAAAGGUAGAAAAAAGCCCAUUUUAAAACACAGGAAGUGGCCUUCAUUAGAUAAAAUGACUAAAUCCAUGUACAGAUUUCCUUUGUUUUUAAAUUGGGUUAUGAGGGUUAUUUCAUUCGUUUGGUUGGUUGGUCAGUUUGGUUUUUUCUUCCCUAUGUCUUUCAAGCCGGCCUUGUGUAGCAGAAUGUUAGGGACAUUUUUUUUUCAGAGGCCUUUCAGCUGCCGCCGAAGCUUCAGCAUGCCUCCCAGCAUGCUUUGCAGCACGUUCACACUCAUACCGUCCUCCGUUUUUCUCAUUGGGCCACACCGCAAGGUGACAUGUUAGAAAAUUGGGGAUUGGAUACGGGAUUGGUCGCCUUGGAGGCCUGUGGAGCUUUAAAUCAGCUUUUUCUAAUCAUGGCAGCAUUAGGGGCCUCUCGCGAUAGUUUGAUCGAGACAUUCAAAUAAGAAGUCGUGUUCUGUAUGGACCUGUAUUUACUCAUCAGUUUUUGAUGUUGAAACACUGUGAUUAUUAUAAAUGUUGUUGGACAACAUUAGAUAAAAAGAAAGUAGACAAAAAAAAGAAAGACAUGAAUUUUUCGAGGGUUUUGGAUAUUAGCGUUCAUGAGAUGUAAGGCUAGCUAUUUCGUUAUUCACAUCUUUAUUGGAGACACUUUAACCCUUUUUUUCCCCUUUGUACUUUCUUUAUAUUAGAUAAAUGUGAAUGUAAAAUGAAUUCAAUUAAUGUACUUGAAGAAACAAAUCUUUCCCUCUUCGCCCAAUGAGCUUUCUGACGAUUCUAGUGCCUUGCGUUAUUUUUUUUUGCUUUGGGGUUUGAUAUAUAAGGAGUGCUGGUCUUCGGACUUCACAGAGGGUGAAUAUUAAUAUAUUACAUGAACAAGGUUGCCGUUUUGAAUCGCCUAUGACUGAAACCAUUUGAUGGCAGUCCUAGUCGGAGAAAGCUUCAUAUGUAAGGUGCGCUAACACCAAUCCAGCCAUUAUAUCACAUUCAGAGGCUGUGAAGAAUACUACCUUAGUAUGCAAGUGUAAGUGUGCCUAUCAUCAGCGCAUGGACGAGUCAUUUCAACUGCUUUUCGACAACCACGGUGUCUUUGUUUUUCUAGAUGGACUCUUAAACGGCGUGAGCGCUUCUUGUGAAGGUGAGGAGGGAUUGGCUCAGAUAGAAAGGCAGGACGAGGAAAGUUAGUACGAGUGGGACAGUAUGUUGUAAGUAUUUCAGAACCACCAACAGCUUAGAUGUUUUUCCAACACUGCUUAAUUGGUUUUGACGCCAUCCAGCGUCAAAUCCUCUUCGUGUGUGAGUAAAGAGACACUUUUGAGUUAUUUAGUGUAAUGAGGAUCAGAAAGGUUGUAGGGGGAAACGAUAGUUAGCAAUCCUCACUGACACAAGAACGCCACUUUCUGCCAAAACAGCACUCGUGAAGAUUCAAUCCGCUUUUUAACUUUCACUGCCCGUGCACGUUCUCAAGUCACUGUACUGGCAAUGGCCUUCGGUUUUAUGGCAGAUCAGUAGCUCUAUCUCUUUUGUAGCAGUCAGUCGAAUCACUCUUGUAAAUGCUUUGGUUUGUUCAAAAAAUACUAGACUUGCAGUGAGAACAGAUCUGAUUCAUCAGAAACAAAUGUACAGAUCCUUAGAGCAUUUUGUUUGGGGUACAAAAACGUAGUGGAGAUGCUCACAUCACCUUAACUACUGAACAGACUUAGAUUACAACUCGUUACUGCUUAGUGUGCUUCGUCUGGUACAGGAAAUUCACUAUAGGUCAACUGCAUAGUUUAGAUUCUGACUCUCUGUAUUUAAAAAAACGAUCGUUUUACCUUUAUCUCUUGCUUUGUACACAACGCUUUACCUGUUGACGGCUCGUUUUUUACCCACUUUGUCGUUCCGUUUGUUUAAACUGUGAACACAUCAUAAGGUCUUUAACAAAGAGGUCCAAACUGCUCAGUGUUCAGACUAAUGAAAUCUGUGUAGUACUACCUUCGGAGUGCCAUGUCCCUGUUCCAGAUAUGACGCAAGUGUUAAUUUGCUCUCGCUGUAAGAAACAGGUCCUCCUGUUUGACCAUAGAGGGCGCUAAUUGUAACUGCAGUGCAGGACGUACAACGUUAAACGAGAUUCACCUCUGACCUCUGAUGUAAAUGAUUCAGCACCUUGGAAAAUAAAAACUUUUUUUUGUUUAUCGUUCACUUUGCUUUGAAAAAAAAAAAAAAGCGUUUGUAGCGUGCUGAUGCGCGAACGAGCCAUUCAGCAGCGUUAGACAUUCAGUUUAUGAUGAAAACAACAAAAAAAACAAUGUUUUUUUUUUUCUUUUGCAUGGGAUUUUAGUUACAGAGAAUGCACACAAACUCACUCGAAACGUAUCUUAGUGAAUGAAACCCUCUUUUCUAGUCGCUCUCCUGUGGAAAGAAAUACAACAGAACAAUGUUUACUUAAUGCUACUGACCUGUCAUUAAGUUAUUUUGUUUUGUACUACUAUCUGAUCCGCUUGUUUUGCUGUCUUUUGAGUCUCUAGAUUUCCUCUGGCGACUUUCAUUCAGUGUUCUUUUUUUUCUUCUCCGUAUGAUAUUUAACAUUGUACAAAAUGUUAAAAGAGUUACUUAAAAUGAAAACCAAACAAAAACAUGUAGGGAAUCAUCGGCAAUGUUUAACUGUAUGUUUUGCACUAAGUAUAGGAUGUUCAAGCUUCGUAUAAAACUGCGCUUUGCGCUCCAAUAAAACAGCAUUUGUUACCCUAUUUGUAAACUUAAUAAAAGUCAUUUAAAUAAAUUAA